GUUUUUUGUGUAAAUCGCAAGUUAGUGCAGUGAAAUAAAGAUUAGACUCGAUAGUCUAGAAUCUAGAUCUACUAUUACUAGAUCUAGAUAAAGAAUCUAUUUCUAGAUAGAUAGUAUAGAUUUCUCUAGAUCUAGAGCUCAUAAAAGAUUUUAUUUUUAGAUUGUCUAGAAUCUAGAAUAAUCUAGAUUGAAGUUUGAAGAUUCAGUUUAAACUAAACGUGGUCGUGAUCAGGAUCAUGAUCAGGAGGAUGCUUUUAGUUUGUAAACUUAAUUUUAUCAUCAGGACAAUCAGGUCAUCUAUCAAAAUAGGUAUCAAUAACUGAAGCUUCAACUUGAACCUGUAAGUUGUAAGACUGAAAGUGAAAGUGUAACUUUAGUUCUGUUUGUGGUGACACAGCACAUACCCUAGACACAAAACAAGCCACACAUAGACGGUCAACACUUUGAUACAAUAAUUCACAGGCUUAAAGGCUCAUUUUUACAGUGAAACACUAAAACAAAAGCCUCCCAGCUUAAUCUCUGUUCACCAUGGCAGAAAAUACUGGUUUCGUAAUUAGUGACACUGAAAAAUUACUUAAAGCUAGGGAAUACAAAGAUAGAGGCAAUGAAGACUACAAGAAAGGAAACUUUCGCAAAGCAGCUGGGAGCUACCAUAGAGCUUUACUAUACCUAAAAGGACUGAGCUCAAAUUGUCCAGAUUUACUGUCCAGUUUGAGCGGACUUCCAAAAAAUAAGGGCAAGUCCCCAAUGACACAGGACUUGAUGGAUGAUGCAAGAUCAUUAACUUGUGAUUGUCACAAUAACUUAGCUGCAUGCAUGUUAAAAGCUUCAGCACCCAAAUAUGAAAGAAUUAUUGAACACUGUAAUUUUGCAUUAGAUGCUUCACCCAACAAUAUUAAAGCUCUCUAUAGGAAAGGUACAUCACUGUAUGCCAUAGGAGAUUACGAUGGAGCUCUUUCGGCAUUUCAAAUGGCAAAACCUGAUGCUAAUAUUAGGAAGUACAUGGAUUUGUGUAAAGUGGAACUCAAAAAGCAAGACAGAGCCAUGGCAGACAAUUUUCGAGGAAUGUUUGACAUUCUUUGAUACACUUACCUUAGCAGAUGUAUUAUUUUGACAGUUCAUUAACAAAGCUCAAGGAUAUGUAAUCCAGUUUAAGUUUACUAUUUCUUUACAAACAUUAUAAAUAUUCAAGAUAGACUUAAGCAAGUAUAUUCUCCUGGACUUUAUUAAUGAUAACCCAAUGUCUGAUAUGCAAACAAUACUAAGUGAAAAAAACAACAACAUAUAAAUCGUAGGAAAGGCAUAUUUUGUAAUGCAGGAUAUUCAACAAGGAUUACAUGUUGAACUUAUUUUGUGUAUCAUCUUACUGUGUACUCUAAAUUUCACUUUUGCUUAAAUUUAUUUUUUAUAUCAUUUAUCCACACUUUAUAAAUGUGUCUGUAUAAAAGCCAUAAUAAAUAAAGUAUUUUGCCAUCAGUGUGAUCCUACA